AUGGGGAAGGCGGAAAUGCUAGACGAUUACUCGAAUAACAAACAUGAAGAGGGUAGUCUCCCCAUCAUGAACCAUUACAGUGUUGAAAAAAAUGCUGCUUAUGUAGAGAGGUACCACAUAUGUGAAGUAGGCACGAAGGUGAGAAUGACCGAGAAGAAAGAAUGUGUUGUCAUGCGAAAGUGGAUGCUAAAGGUACGAAAAAGGAGUAUACAUAAGAACACCAAACUCAUUUGGAAAAAAAAAAAAGAAAAAAAAUAUUUUUUCACCAAAUGGGAUCAAGGGAAAAUGCUCUAUUGUGACCAAUGCGACGGCGAAGUAGCAUGCACUGCUGUGAAGAAAGCGAAUGAAGUAUCAUGCCAAACAUGGCAAUCAGGUGGGGACAAAAACGGGCUUCAAUUUUACUGGGCACAUCAAACAGAGUGGAGCACCCCCUGUAUGUUAUACUCUCUUGGCAAAAGCACUGCCCAUUUUGAAAGAGAAACCGCCACGUUGCUUCUUUUACCUCCUGAGUGUCAAGCCCAAGUGAUGAGGAGCGCAAGGAAUUGCAUUCAAAGUGCCUCUGGCGUGACAAGCACUACUCUGGAAAGGAGGAGGUGUACAAUGAGGCGCAAAAAAUACCCAUACAUCUUUCUCAUUAGAAGGUGGCCCGGGGGGGAUGAUACCACAUUCUGCAUGAUGACCAAAAUAUCGAGGGGCCACAUGAAGUUCUCCUUAUCGGUGCGCAUCAUUUCGUCAUUCAAAGUUUUGCACCCUCAUGAGGAUGAAAAUGGGCUUCCUUUCUUUCACUGGGAGGGGCGCAUGACUACUCGGAGCAAGAGUGGGUCAGGUGAGAAGGCGUACCGAGGUAUGAAUCUUGUGAGGGAAAAACAAAUUGAUAAAAAAAAAAAAAGGAGAAACGGAGAAAAAAAAGAGAAAAAAAGCCAUUUUAGCGUUGGUAAUUCGCAUCUCUGUAAGGUGUAUGUUAUUCUUAGCGCCACACACGGCGCAGGCGUGUGCCAUCCUCACAACAGGGAGGCAUCGCGACGUGGCCCAUCGGCGGUGGUACUGGAGGUGAAAUCAGAAGUAGAACAAGUGGAAGGACUUCAAUCACAGGAAGCACGAAAAACACAACAAGCGCAGGAAGGAUUCGAAGCGUUGGAAGGGGGGGAUCUCUGUACCAUCUCAACCGCCGGUGCCAUUCCUACUGGUGUAUCCACCCCUAUCCCCACGCCGCAAGUGAAGAGGGUGAAGCUCUGCCAGGACAGGCCACGACCAGAGGGAACCCCCCUCGCCGACCAUGGCGUUGGCAACUAUCGUAUCGACUGGCAAGGAAGAAUAAAAAGAAAAAAAAACGUGACACGAUAUAAUGUACAGUUCACCUGUCCAUUUCCAUCACGACAUUUAAAGAAAAGUAAAGAAGGAGGUACUUCCUUGUGUAUUCAGUGCUCAAGGUAUCUCCUUAAAAUUCGUACAGUUAAGAUAUACAUACAGUCAAAUGACACAACGAUAGACUCGGAAAAAAAAACUGAACAACCAUUUCGUGUACUCCAACUGGUGGUUGUUCCUUCUCAUCGGUGCGACACACAAAGUGAUGACUAUGACAAAGGUUCAAUUUGUAGUAAUUAUGUGCGAACCGUUUUUAGUCUACUAACAAGGAAUGAUGAAGAGGAAGAUUAUAUCAUCUGCCUGAAUUCUCUAUUUCACUUGUUCGUUCUGAGUGCUUACCAUACUGGAGUUGUUAAUCGAAUCGAUCACAAACUUAGCAGAUGCAGGAAUAGCUGUUUGAACCCACACUGCAUCUGUGUUGCGCUCAGUGACGAGGAGGAGGAAUCAGUACACAUGGGCAAAGGGACAGGAAAUUGCACGGAGGAAAAAUACUCCCACCCAAGUCGAAGCAUGUCAGGGUACACCACUCCCCCAACGUUGUGCCUCAACAGGGGGAAGCAGAAGAGGCAACAAACCUCUUCGCAGGUGUUUAGUAACACUAAGCGGUGUGAUAAAUAUAGACUGAGUGCCCAUCGGAACCCACCUCUCCCAUUCCGUGGCUAUGAAGUCUCCUGCGAGUACGCCGCCCCAAAUGAAAAUAAAGUUACAGCGGAGAGGUUUCAGUGUAAAAAAAAAUUUUACGACUCACAACACCACAUGUGCAAAAUGUGGGUCGUCAAGAGGGGUGCGCAUUUCUUUUAUUUCCCCCGUACUGGGGGGAGUGCACCUACAAGUAGCGGUCGCGAGGGAGAUAAAGUCACCGAGCAUGAAAGGCAUAACUGUUGCGGUAGCUGUGCCUCCACCCAAAUAAACAAAGUAACAAGCGCCGAUUACUGUUUCUGUGACGGCCACCAAGACAUAUACACAGUUAAGCAUUGCCACGGGAACCCCCCAAACCGAAUGGAAAAAAAGCACCAUCAACAGCGACCACGCAAACAAGAGUUACAUGAACAGCGACCACGCAAACAAGAGCUACAUCAACAGCGACCACGCAAAAAACAGCCACAUGAACAGCGACCAUGCAAACAACAGGAAGCGCAGCUGCAGUGGCGGAAUAGGGGGUCAGCCCACCAGGGCAAUAGUAUUAACCAUACAUGCAAAAACGUGAGUGGACAAAGAAAACAAGAUGAAAUAAAUGUAUCCGAAGCAGACAACACAAUGAGUGCUAUCCCAGAGAGAUGCACAAAUGAAAGGAAAACAAAGGACUGUCUCUCCGAACUUAUUUCCAUGCCACUCUGUAAAAAACAACUAUCAAAUUAUUAUCACUGUAGGACCAGGGCAUUCCACAUGAGGAUACCUAACUGUUGGCCUAACACAAAAUAUGCAGGUGAAUACACUAAUGAGAGAAUAUUUUCUCCUCUGGAAAAGGAAGAGGAUCGGAUAAAGCACAUUAAGGAGAAGGAUGCAAAUCAUCUGGGUAGUUCAUCUACACCAGGGAAGAAUCCUCUCUUCAAUGACGCAUACCAAGGAAAAUUCGUCUUUAGGAACGUAAGUGGUUCACAGAUAUUAAAUGGAUCAAGAGAGGUGAUAAAAGGCUUCGAUGAUUUGGGUUCUGGAGCACCUCUUUUUACACAUCCCAAGGAAGGUCAUAACCCAGGAUGCCCCUCGAAAUGGCUCUCUGUUGUAAAAAGAGGCACUAAUUAUCUCAUGGAAGAAAAUAAAAAAAGGAAUAGCUCCAAUUGGAGGAGUACACAUGGUACACUUAUUAAUGAAUUUUCUGGAAAGAGGAAAAGAAAAUUAUCGCACUUUUUCACGGGAAGCUGUGAAGACAAAGCGGAGGAAUGUUCUUCACUAGGAAUAGAGAGGGAAUCACCAAUGUGGUUCGCACCGACCCAUGGUGAGGAAAAGAAGUGUUCCGUUAUUCCGAAUAAUUAUGUUGAUAUGGGUCAUUUACAUAAUAUUAAGCCAAUCGAUAGAAUAUCCAUAACGCCUACCCCCUUUGAUACUAGUUCCUUAGAGGAGCGCAACCUUACUGCAGCAUCUCAUAUGGAGGGUGAUAUAGAAGAGAUAUCUAAACUGGCAAGGGACACGCCUGCUCGAAGGCCUUGCUUUGACGAAACUUCCACCGAUGAGGAUUCCUUCGUGGAGGAAAACAUACCAUGCCGAGCAGUACACUGGAUGGAAAACAGACCGAAGAGAUAUAUAUACCCAUCUAACAUAUGGACAGCGAAACGCAUAGAGGUGGCGUUAUCAGAGGGAGGAAACUCAAAUAGAAAGGAAGUAGUUAAUCGAUGUGAAAACGGAAGCGACGUAACGAACGUGUCAGAUAUGCGUGAAGAAAAUACGAUUCGGAAAAAAUUAAUAAAUUGUAAUGAUGUAGAUGAAGGGAGUUUAUCCCCCUUGGGGGGAGAGGGAAAGAAGAACAAAAUGGUUAGCGAGCAUGGGUCCAUUUUGAGCGACGAAUUACCGCAGGAAUGCCUAGACAGUAUUCUUCAGACAAAUAAUAACAUAACGUCAGGAUGCAGUGGAAGUGAUAGUGAUAUCAGCAACGGUAGUGAUAGUCAGAUCGGAGUAGAAACGAAAAGGAACAAGGAGGAAAAAAUGGAUUUAGAAGUAGCAGUGAUGGAGAGACACAGUAGCAUUCUAGUGAACAGGGGAAUUCGAACAAAGAAGUGUGUUGAUUAUUCUCUCUAUAACACUUACGCCAAGUCUUCCUUUCUGCAAUGUGCAGAACAAGCAGAUAACCACUUCAUAGGCAAUUAUUUAGAUCGAUACAAUGAUGAAAAUUUUCACCAUCUCAGACAGAAGGUGAAAUUAUGUCUGUCUCGUACAUUUGCUAACUUAAAAACAACAAGCGAAACAUGCGUUCUCCAUUUCACCAACCUUAUAUUCGAUCUGUACAUAAGUAGAUUCAAUUCAAAAAACGAAAUUAUUGAAAGUAUAAUAAACGACAUCGUCACAGAGGAGAAGCAAUUUUCAGAUGUGAUGAUUCAACUGUUGAAGGAAUUUUAUCCAAAGGUGUAUAAUGAAUUUGUUUUUAAAGAACAACUAAAAGGAAAAUACAAUAUUUUAUAUAAGGAGUUGAAAGAUUCGUGUGAUUUAAUUUAUCAUUUUAUUGCUAUAAUAUGCUUAUUCAUUUCUCAAAAGUAUUACAAUUAUAGAUUAAUCUCCAUCGAUCUUAUCGCUAAAACAUAUUGUAAGAGCCAUCUGGAAGGUCUGCGAAAAGUAUACUCUCGAAACAAUGAACUGAUAAAAGAUGCCUCCCCAGAUUAUUAUUCAGCGACACAGUAUCUGGAUUCUACUUUCUCUGCUCAUAGUGUUAAUAAAAAUUUUGCUCUUGAAGUAGAAAUUUGUAUUUUAAAAAAAUUAAAUUACGAUUUGUCCAUUCCUACUCCAUAUAGCCUUUUGGAUAGUCUUUUAAAGGCAAAUGAAAAUAUCAAUUUUUUAAAAUUGAAAAAUGAUUAUAAUGCUACGGAGGGAGAGAUUCUUCUUCGCAUCGCUAGCAUCGAUAAUAUUUUUUUGAAGUACAAAUCUUCUACUCUUUCUAUGGCCAUUUAUGAAAUUUUGAACUUUAACAUUUGCAAGGAUAAGAUGCAGAAGGAGUUGUUUCAUUUCACCAACUUUAGGGACGACUUCUGUUUUUCGCCUGACAAGCAUGCACGUCCUGAUAACGCGCCUAACCAGGUUGAUCAUGCUAACCAGAUUGAUCGUUCUAACCAGAUUGAUCGUUCUAACCAGAUUGAUCGUUCUAACCAGAUUGAUCGUUCUAACCAGAUUGAUCGUUCUAACCAGAUUGAUCCCGCUAACCAGACUGACCCCGUGAACCAUGCCAAUAUUAGUAACUGCAAGAGGCCCCCUCAGGCACAGAACGAAGCCGCCGAGAAGAAAAAGAAAAACGAGCUAAAGCUCCUCAAAAGACAAGCCAGGAGUCUGGUCAUCGCGGAGGAGGAAGAUCGAUUCAUCACCGCCUCAAAUUAUAUUAACCAGAAGGCCAAUCUCUACCAGUGCGUCAAGCGCACCCUCAUUUGUGUCUGCUCCGUUAUUAAGAAGAAGGUACCCAGGUACUACUACGACAUGGACUUGGACAGAACCGACAGACUCAAGGGUUACAUAAGGAACUUCCACAAUGGAAAACGCGCCUACCUGGAUAGGCUCAGGGCGAAACGGGAAGAAGUAAAGGGGGGAACGAGAACAGGCCUCCCGAAGGACGAGGAGAAAACAGGUCCCUCCAACGGAGAGGCCCCAGAGUACGCAACUGCAACCACCAGCGCGACCACCGCGACGAGCUCCGCUGCUAUGACCGCUGAAAGCCCUUCCCCCCUGAAUAGCAAAAAGCGAAAGCGCGUGGAAGUAGCGGGGCUGAAAAAUUCGGAUGAUGAGCAGAAAGAUCAGGACAAAUUCCAAAGUGCGAAAAACAAAAUAAAAAAAAAAAUUAAGAAAAAAAUAAAGAAGCUGAACGCAAUCAGGUGGGAAGACAUACCCAUUCACUACUGCACACCAUAUGUACUACAGGGAAAGGAAAUCAAAAUUUAUAUAAAAAAAGACGACGAGGAGGUGAUACAUCAAGAUGGAAGUGGCAGUGGCACACAUAAUGGAGACGGGGGGAGGAAAAACUCCCUAAGUAACACAAAGGGAGAAAGUAUGAGGAGCACUGACACACAGAAGAAAAAGAAGAACAACAAAAAGAAUUACAUCAUCGGGACAAGGACGAACUCCACGGAUGAGCACCUUGUUUUUUACUAUAACUACCUAAGUAAGCUCAGAAGUAGACUCGUCCAAGGGUUAAGGUACUUUCUCCAUCGAAUUAAAAGGAUUAAAAGCAGACAUGUGUGUGUGUCGCUAGUUAACUUGAGUUACCUACUUAACAAGGGGGGGCUGCGAAAGAAACGCAAAAAGGAGAAAAAAAACAAAAACAUCCCCCUUUAUAAACAACUAGUUAACGAAAUUAAAAUUUUUUUUAUGUGGCUGUAUAAGCUAACCAACAUAGAGAUCCGACCCCUGAUCCGAUUCGCGGACCUGAAAUAUAUCGCUUGUAUCAAGUCUUAUGAGAGGAACUAUGCCAACUAUGUGUCCCGAACGUUGACGCGCGCAGCAAAGCAGGAAGGGGAAAAAAUUCAAGGGGAAAAAAACCGUGAAGCAGACAAACGGGAUAGGAAAAAUAAUGGGUCGGCCAAACGGGGAUCAUCCAAACAUAGACACCGGAGCAUCCUCCAGAAGAAGUACAGCCAGGAAGUUUCUCAAUUCACAGAGGCGGAAAACAAAAAAUUCUAUCCCUAUUUAAAGCGCAGCAAUUCCAUGGCGGACCUCACUGGUGGCCAUUGCACAGGCAAGAUGAGCAAAAAGGGGGUGGGAAGGAAAAAAGGAAAAGAAAUAAAAGGUAAAUGCUCCCAAAAAAAUGACCUCGUCCAGAACAAAACCAAUUUUUAUGAACAAACUAGCCAAAUUGCACAAAAUGAAGAGUACGAAAUAGCUAGCUGCAAAAAAAAAAAAAAAAAAAAAAAAAAAAAUGAGCAGGGAGAUGAGGGUGACGACCAAGUAGAGUGUAACGUUACGAACGAACUGGAUAUGCAGAACACACUUGACGAUUUCCUCCUACGAAAAAAGGAAUACGAAUCUUUGGAGAAGGAAAAACCUUUACUCGAAGAACAACUGGAAGGUAACACAGAUCAGAUGUUUUCCAUGCCCUAUCAAGAUAACGCAACAAAGAUUAGUAGCGACUGGAUUACCAUCAACGACCCCCAGGUGGAUGAGUGUGCCAAGGAGUUAAUGGAAUGCUUUCUCAAAUGGAAAAACAAAAAUUAUAUUUCCAAAAACUGGACCUUCAACGAGUAUCCCAAUUGUAAGGAGUAUUAUUUUUCUCUUGUCUUUGGUGAUCUCAAAUCGUCAGAAACGAUGAAGGGCAUCAUAGAGAUGAUGCAAAUGAAGUAUAACCACCUUCUAAAUAUCUACAAGGAGAUUAAUGUUCAGGCGGAUUGCAUGGAGUACGACUAA